AAUUUUACAACAGUUGCAAAGCAGCUUUUUCUGCCGAACGUAGCCAUUGUGUGAUAGGCUUAACGGUUGAGGAAGCGGGGGCGGAAGUGUCGUCGCAACUCGGAUGAUUUAUGAACGCGCGGCGCGCUGCGCCGAGCGCGCGCGCAUCGCUUCCGUGUGUCCGUGCGUGUGCCGCGCACAGUAGCGUAUACGCUGCAGCGAAGGUGAGAACAUUGAUGAGGACCGCGACGCGACGGAGUGGGACGCGUCUCUCGCGGAGAAACACAUAGUGAAAGCGACGACGAUGACGACGGCGGCGACGGCGACGACGACGACGACGAUGACGACGACGACGACGAGUCAGACUCGGCCGUGCGGCAAUCAUCAGCGACCGUAGGCGGUGUAGGGAAGCGCAGCAUCGCGGGUUACGACGACGACGUCGACGACGACCACCACCACCGCCGCGGCGACAUCCGUCAUCGCUGAGGUGUCCGCGCGUCGCGGUUACUCCGGCUCGCUCGCGCUCCGCGCCGACGGUCACUUGCGCGCGCGCGCGCGCGCGUUCUCCUUCUCUUUCUGGCUUGAAGCGCCGAGGACGAUCAGCUGUUGUGGGUGUUCCGUACGUGUCGCGGUGUCCAGCGGUCGGACAUGCCCGUCCCGCGGGCUCAGCGGAAAAGCUCGAGCUACUAAACGUAACGUGAAACGGUAUACAGGUGCUCGCGACGGUCGUUACGACACUCUGGGGGGGGUGGGGACGAUGACGAGGUGGUGCCGCGGCGCCGUUUCGGAGGCUUAGGGCACGUGCAGGAGGUGACGGCUCGUACGAACGACCGGGGAUUAUGACGAGCGGCGCGAGAGUCCGCCGACGUCCAUCGCGCAGCCACACCGGGGUGAACCGUGCGAGUUUGCGAUGUACAUAUGAUUAUUCGGGUUCAUGCGUUCCCUUACUGUCAGCGGCGAGCGAACGACGACGACGGGCGCGGGAGGGAACACCCCGCCAGCGGAGGAUCGGCGAGCGCAGUCCUCCCCGUCGCCCGUAACUGACGGCGACGUCCAGGGGAUGCCCAGCCUACACUCGCUCGUCCUGCGACGGGCGCCCCUCGUGGACAUGGGCGCCGCAACCAGCUCGGUCACGUCCGUCAAUCCCCCCGGCAAGAUCACCGCCGGCGGCCAGAAGAAGAUUGAGAAGGCCCGGCUGAGCGGCAUCAGGCUGCCCCUGAUACGCAAGGAGGCCAGUGCGGUGAACCUCUCCCUGACGGAGAGGAACGAGCCGGGCAGGGAGGCGGACGCGCCGCUCCUGCGCCCCGAGAGCAGCGCGAGCCUGGAGGUGCGCGGCGGCGGCGGCGGCAGCUGGAUGAACCUCGGCCCGGGUGCGCUGAGGAAGUGUGAGACCGCCGUGGGGCUGAGCACCUCGGCCCUCGAGGGCAGGCCCAUCAAUCGCAGCAGGGUCUGCUCCCGCUGCUCCAGCCUGCUGUCCCUAGCAUCCAGCUCGCGUUACAGCCUGGCCGCCGGCAACUUCGUACCCGCGGCCUCGCAGCAGACGAUCGGGCGGAUAUUUUGUAAGCUGUGUCUCGUCGACACCUCCCUCUCCAAAACGUUUAAGAUCGAGGGCUGCGGUUGUUCCUACUGUAGAGAUUGUAUGCGUGCCUACGUAGAAUUUGAGAUCGAGGAGGGCGCGUACGAGAUUAGUUGUCCCGAUGCUCAGUGCGAUCACGGCGCCGUGCUUUCCUUGAAAGAGAUAUCCAGCCUCGUCAGCACGGAACUCGUGGAGAAGCAUUGCAAGUUUCGUUUAAAUAGAGAUGUAUCGAUGGACAAGGGACGCGCGUGGUGUCCACGGGCGGGUUGUGAAACGAUAUGUUCGAUAAACGGCAACAGUGGGAGCGGCACCCCUCUAGGUCCUGUUCACUGUCCCAACUGCUCCACGGAUUUCUGUUCAAUAUGUCGCGAGCCUUGGCACAACGGGCCCUGCUCAGAUCUUCCAUUAGGAAUACCAUUCGGUAGCGAUCACAUAAAAUGCUGUCCCAUGUGUUCCGUGCCGAUAGAGAAGGACGAAGGUUGUGCUCAAAUGAUGUGCAAGAGAUGUAAACACGUGUUUUGCUGGUACUGCUUAGCGUCGUUAGACGAUGACUUUCUGUUGCGACAUUACGACAAGGGACCAUGUAAGAAUAAAUUGGGCCACUCACGUGCGUCCGUGAUAUGGCAUCGAACGCAAGUUAUCGGAAUCUUCGCCGGUUUUGGCCUACUUCUGCUUGUCGCAUCGCCCUUGCUGUUAUUAGCGGCACCUUGCAUCGUAUGCUGUAAAUGCCGCGUCUGCGGCUCUUCCAGACUCGAACAAGAGGAAGGCGACACGACAACAUAGGACCUUCCGAAAAACCUUUCAAUAGAUUCUCGCUUAAUUACUUCUUUGAGCUAAAGUAUAAGCACUUUUCCCUAGGCUUCCACACAUGGGAGAUGAUAUAAUUGGCAACUUAUAUAGAUAUACAUUGCAUUUUGUUAAGUUUACGUUUUAUAUUAUUUUUUGCGCCUCACCCGAGGACGUGUAAUGUAAAAGGGCGGAAUGCAUAUCUCAGUCAAGAGGAGAGAGACGGAGCAUAUUGUGAUUAAUAUUUAUGUUUUUACUUAGACGUUGUUUGGACAGAGUAAGAGAUGUUGCAGUUUGUAUAGUUAUAAUAUAUUUGUUCUGAUAUAUGUUUUAAUUUUAUACAGUCACUCGACUAAGUUUUAUAUGACGAUUAAUUUUAUAAAAAGGAUAAUCGUUACGAUGACUCGUAAUUAACUAUGUGAUUCAGACAAGUCUAAUAAUUUACAAAUACUCAUAACCAAUUCUUAUACAGGAACAUUCCAGGAAUUUAUUUAUAUACACAUGUCGGGACUAUCAGAUUUAUUGUACUGCCGCAUAAAGCAUGCAUGUCGUGAAAACAUUUGUGCUGUAACAUUAUUAUUGCGCUUUUGUUGAUUUCUAUCAAUCAGGACGGUAGAUUAUUUUUUCUUGCCCUUGUAAAGUGACGAUACGAGACGCCGAUAAUCAUUUCAUUUUCCUCCGAUCCUCAGAUUGUAUUACAGCUAAAUUAUAUAUUCAAAUUAUAAUACAUAUUUUAACGUAUAUACAGUGUGUGUAUAUCUAUAUGUGUGCCUGCAUCGAACUACCGUGCAAGGCUCAGAUCUACAUUUUUAUAGUGAAACGAAUCUUGAUCAUGUGAAGUAUUAGGAUUGCACAAUAUUCUAUUCUCCUGUUAUCUUAAUUUGUGGGUGCUUUCACGUUUACUUUGGUGAUUUAAUCGCAUGUAUAUUACAUGUACAUUAAUUUAGAAAGGAGUAUAAAAGCGUAGCGAGUAAAAAUAGCUAUUAUAAUAUAAAAAGAUCUAUCUCACACGAUCACGUGCAUUUUAUCAUUGAAAAUCGAGAGAACGUUGUUGUUAAUAUGUAUUUAACACGUUAUCGUUAUCGAUCCGAGUAUGAGCCGUGCGGUUAACGUUUGACAUUAAGAAUCUAUAAAUCAAUAUGUGCCAUGUGAUUGCGAGACUCUGCAGAGAGUUACCUUCCAGGAGGCUCGGAAUCCGCGAUUAGGUGAAUUCGCACCGAAAACGUGUUAAUUACAUUCAUAAUAAUCACCUAUUAUAAAUGAAAUUUAGACUAUUGAAGAUCACGGAUAUAAAUAAUCAACUUUGGACAAUAGUUACGUGUUACAUCUCCAGGAAAAAAGUAAAAGCAGAUUUUCAUCGCAAAUAAUAAACUAUACGAAUAUAUCAAGGAAGCGACAGACAAAAAUAUAUAUGUAUACAUAUAUGUGAUUACGUAAUAAAUAUAUGUGGUAUUUUGUAUAUAUAGUAAAAUGUGGACGCUUAAGAGAUAUUGCGCUUUGGACAAAAGUGCAUUUCUCGCAAGUAACACGGGGAGUUUGGCGAAACGAUUGCGUUAUCUGAUAAGUUUCGGUGUAGCCAACCUUUCGUUAUUUUACGUCAGAACUGUUGAAAUAUCUCAUUUGUUGUAUUAUUAAUAUCGUAUGUAAAUAUAAAAAGGAGGAGAAUGUACACGCGUGCGCGUGCGCAUCAAUUAUGCAUUUGAGUGUGUGCGCGCACUCGUGUGUUAAAAAAAGAAAAAUAAAGAUUACAAUGAACUAGGAGUAACCACUGUACGCUCUGCGUUUGUUUAACGUUAGUGUUCUCUGGACAAUUAUACUUUUUCCGCGUCCGGCCGUUUCUCCGUUCUCGGAUUUCUCGAUAUCGGCGACGGCGAUUUGCGACUCGCAAGCCGCGAGCUCCGAAAAUUCGCCUCGGACCUUUCGCGCGCGUGCGACAAGAGAAAAAAAACAAUUCGUUAAAUAUUAAUGAGUUGUAUACGUGUGUACAGCAUCUCGUACAAAAUAGAGAAAGAAAUUGCCCAAGGUCGGCCAAUCGAUAUCGAUGACGUCAGAACCGAGAAAUGCGGCAUAAAUUAUUUCUGCGACUCGCGUCUAGCGUGCGGGAGAUUUCAACUAAUAAAAAAAGGGGCGCCCAGCUCUGUUUGUUUGGCGGCUAUAAUCUGAAAAUGUUCCCCCUUCCCGCCGCUCCUGCCGGCCUUAGUCGCUUUCUUUUUGCGAGCUGUAUUUUUGCAUCGGUGGUAAUGUCACGAACGCGCUUUAAAUGCUGUCCCGUUAAUUUAACGGGCCUGUUGGGCCAGCGGGUCCGAGGAGGGAAGGAAUCUACCCAACUCUUGUCGUUUCUACUUUCCCCCACUGGGACGAUAUUUGUACAGGGCCGGCGAGAGCACGGUCCACGAGGAAAUCUUCUCUCGGGUGCUUCGCCGAGAGAAGUCAAAAACAUCCUCGUUGCAUCGGGGAUGCAUCAGGUGCAAAUUUAGCAGAAAAAAGUGGAAAUGUAUAAAGAACUCCGCGCUGAUCAUAUAGGAAAUUGGAUCUCGGUUAAAUUGGCUAGUUUUCACAUAUGUUGUAGCUUAUGACCUGCUGAACAAAAAAUGUAAUGGGCUCAAACUUAAAUAAUGACUAGUUACUGGGCUACAGCCAGUCAAACAUAGAAAAUUUGGGCUCCGCGGGUCUUGUUUGGAAAUACUUUGAAGCAUAUUAGG